AACAGUGAAGACAUGUAAGCUUGUUCAUGCUGUAAAAAGGUGAAACAUAUCAGUGAGCAAAUCUUGGGCAGGAUGAUGCAGAAACCCAACAUGCAGUGCUUAUGAAUGACCGAGCAUGUUGAAAUACCAUAAAUGUGAAUUCCAGUUUCUGAAACUUUCGUUUGACCUUCAGCUCUGUGCAGCCUGAAUUCUAAUACAGGAACCUCACCCAGACCUCACUUCCUCUUCAGAUACAAUUUACAGCCACAGCGUUUAAAUUCAGUCAGUUAGUAUUAGUUUCCCAGCACUGCUCACACAAAUGGAUAACAAUGCUCAAGGAGGCAAAGCUUAUGGCCUCCUCAAGUCUCAGCAAGAGGAAAAACUCAACUCUAUAAAUGAGGUAUUUCUCAUGGAUUCAAAGUAUGCAGAAGAGGAAGAUCUGGCAGCAAAACUUGAAAUGUUCAAAAAGAAAUACAUGGAGUUCGAUCUCAAUGACAAAGGAGAUAUAGAUAUGAUGGGGUUAAAACGUAUGCUGGAAAAACUGGGACUGGCCAAAACACACUUAGAGCUGAAAAAGAUGAUGUCAGAGGUGACUGGAAGUCCAUCAAAGGACACAUUCAGUUACCACGACUUCCUGAAUAUGAUGCUGGGGAAACGAAAUGCAAUACUUAAGCUGAUCCUCAUGUUUGAAGGAAUGGGAAAGGAGCAGGAGCAGAAGGAUGUUGGUCCACCUUCACGCAAAACCUUUUCAGACCUUCCAUGAAACCUCUACAGCACCCGAAAAUGUCAUUUUGGCUCUAUUUAUCCUAUUGAAGAGUACUUCUGAUGCAUUCACGAUGUAAAACAAAAAUAAAAUGCCACGACUCUUAAAAAGAAGGGAAAUUAAUGUAUUACUUGGAUGCUAAAAUGUAAAGCAUAACAGUAGAAAAGUGCAGCCAUAUAAUGCUACUCGUCAUACUAUGUAUACGUGACGAGUAUACAUUAUAUGGCUACAUGUUUCUACAAUUAUGUUAAUUUUACUUGGGCUAAGAUUCAAGACUUUGUCGUGGCAUUUUUCCUAUAUCCAAUGUUUUGGAACUAUUAUUUCAUUAAAAAAGA